UUACUGGCCAACUUUCGUCAAGGAACUCAGGAAAGUGUUUCGAUUCGAGAGAGGAGUUGAGUUUUGGACAGUGUGUCUAUACAGUUUUCUAUUAUAAUCGGACGUAAAUAAAAUACUACAUUUACAGUUGUAUUCUGUAAAAAUGGUCGGGGUAAAAGUAAUCGGGAAUGAUUCAGAAUUUCAACCUGAAUUAACAGCCGCCGGUUCGAGACUUGCCGUAGUGAAGUUCACAAUGGCAGGGUGUCGACCCUGUGUCAGAAUAUCCCCCGCUUUCAACAUGUUGAGUAACAAGUACCCACACGUGGUUUUCCUUGAAGUCGAUGUACACGUCUGUCAGGCAACGGCUGCCGCCAACAACAUCUCUGCCACGCCAACGUUUUUGUUUUUCCGUAACAAAGUGCGCGUCGACCUGUAUCAGGGUGCAGAUGCCUCAGGACUAGAGGAGAAGAUCAAGCAGCAUGUAGAAAACGACCCUGGAAGCAACGAGGACUCAGACAUUCCCAAGGGAUAUAUGGACCUGAUGCCGUUUGUGAACAAAGCCGGCUGCGAGUGCCUAAACGAGAGCGACGAGAGCGGCUUUGACAACUGCUUAGUCAAGGACACCACCUACCUGGAGUCCGACUGCGAUGAGCAGCUCCUCGUUACGAUGGCCUUUAACCAACCUGUCAAGCUGUACUCCAUGAAGCUGCAGACCUCUGACUUCGCCCAGGCACCAAAGUGUGUGAAGAUCUUCAUUAACCUUCCUCGCUCCAUGGACUUUGACGAUGCUGAGCGGAGCGAGGCCACCCAGACCCUGGACCUGGCCGAGGAGGACUUCAAGGACGACGGGUUGAUUCCGCUGAGAUAUGUGAAGUUCCAGAACGUUCAGAGCGUCACGAUGUUUGUGAAGAACAAUCAGGGGGAUGAAGAGACGACUAAAAUCAAUUACCUUACUUUUAUUGGGACCCCUGUACAGGCAACAAACAUGAAUGACUUCAAACGGGUUGUGGGCAAGAAAGGAGAGAGUCACUGAGACGGCGGAGAGGAGAGGAGAGGAGAGGAGAGGAGAGGAGAGGAGAGGAGAGGAGAAGAAUGGCCAUAUUGCUGUGGUGAUCGCUGUCUGUCUGCCAAGGCUGCUGGCUGGGUCCGGCUCAGAGUCAGCUCUACUGUAAUACAGCACUGACCAACAACCAUGUGUCCCGAAUGGCACCAUAUUCCCUUUCAUAGUGCACUGCUUUUGGACCCUUUUUAUAGUACAAUACUUGUUUUGGACCUGGUAUCCCAUCCUGAAGUUAAGGCUUUGAUUCGGGAUCCAAAGACAUGUCUGAGAUCUAAAGUAGUGCACUAUAUAGGGAAUAGGGUGCCAGCCCUGGUCUAAAGUAGUGCACUAUAUAGGGAAUAGGGUGCCGUUUUGGAUGUGAAGUCUAUGAGCUGUAGUCCAUGUCCGCCAGUGAAAUCACCAAGAUGAGGCAUCUCAAACAAUUCAUUCAAGCAUUUUUAUUGUAAUUCAGACAAACACUGUAAAUAAAAACACAAACAAAAAGGCA